GGUCGCCAUCCUCAUCCCGCCGGUAGCCCGGCUUCCCCUCCACGGUCGCCUCCCCUCGGCCUCCGGAGGCCCGCCCGGAUCCCCACAAACCCACCCUUUGUGCUGCCAAGGCCCCGAGGGACUCGGAAGUUGAACACUGGCAGAGCAUUUUAAAAAGGCCUCACGGUGCCACCUUGGGAAAACAUCUAGACAUCCCACCAAGCAGGAAGAAGGUCCAGCCUCUUCUCAGAGUGCAGCGCAAGUGCUUCCUGAAGAGACAAAGGAGACAUCUGAAAGGAGGCCCAUCAAGAAGAGCAUUAUUCUCAUAAACUUUCUGGGCUCUGUGGUCUACAGGAGACAGUAAGACUAUCGUGGGUUAAGGACCAGAAGCGCUGGCAGCCUUUAUUAAGAGUCACAAUUUGGGUCUUUAAGAUCUGCAGAGAGAAACCAGUUAAAUGGCUCCACUUCCUGCAGGAAUUCGCUUCCUUACAUCAUUCACAAGAGAUCAGUGGUACAGGACUUUCAUUUUUCUUUUGACCUUUUGGCUGUAUGCAAGCUUCCACUUAUCUCGGAAACCCAUCAGCAUUGUUAAGGGUGAGCUACAUAAGCAGUGUGCUUCUCCCAGUGAAAUUGAACUCAGCAAUCAUAAGAAAAAUGUCAUUCAGGUUCCCCCUGGAAAAACAGUGGUUAAUGAAAGUCACUGUGGCUGGGCUCCAUUUGAUAAGGACAACUAUCAGCAAUUGCUGGGGGCACUGGAUUAUUCAUUCCUCUGUGCUUAUGCAGUUGGAAUGUAUCUGAGUGGCAUAAUCGGGGAGCGCUUGCCAAUUAGAUAUUACCUAACAUUUGGAAUGCUUGCCAGUGGAGUCUUCACUGCCCUUUUCGGUUUGGGCUAUUUCUACAAUAUCCACAACUUUGGAUUCUACGUGGUAGCUCAGAUCGCUAAUGGUUUGGUCCAAACGACUGGCUGGCCUAGCGUGGUUACCUGUAUUGGCAAUUGGUUUGGGAAAGGAAGGAGAGGUUUGAUUAUGGGAAUCUGGAAUUCUCACACCUCGGUGGGGAAUAUCUUAGGGUCCUUGAUUGCUGGCUACUGGGUGUCGACCUGUUGGGGACUGUCAUUUGUGGUGCCUGGCAUAGUCAUCGCUGCCAUGGGGAUCGUUUGUUUUCUGUUUCUCAUUGAACAUCCUAAAGAUAUAAAGUGCUCCUCCACACCAUUAAAUCUCCCCAGGGGCUGUGAGAACGGUACCAACAGAUUCAGAAUCCAGAAACAAACCAGCAGCGUCCAGGAGAGCAGCAAACCUCUGGACCCAGAGAUGCAGUGCUUAUUGGCAACUAGAGAAAAUGGCACCAGUGAACCGAGUCACGUCGCCGUGCUCCAUGGAGACAGCGGGAGUGGAAUGAAAGCCAUCAGCUUCAUAGGGGCCUUGAGGAUACCUGGUGUCAUAGAGUUCUCUCUGUGUCUGCUGUUUGCCAAGCUGGUGAGCUAUACUUUCCUGUUUUGGCUUCCUCUGUAUAUCACAAAUGUAGAUCACCUGGAUGCCAAAAAAGCAGGCGAUCUCUCCACUUUGUUCGAUGUGGGCGGAAUCUUUGGAGGAAUGCUGGCGGGCACAAUCUCCGACCGGCUGGGAAAGCGGGCCUGUACCUGUGGGCUGAUGCUGCUGCUAGCAGCCCCAACGCUCUACAUAUUCUCUACCAUCAGUAAAAUGGGCCUGGAAGCCACAGUAGUUAUGCUUCUCAUCAGUGGAGCACUUGUCAAUGGUCCUUACGCGUUAAUCACAACUGCAGUGUCUGCUGACUUGGGCACCCAUAAGAGUCUGAAAGGAAAUUCAAGAGCCCUGUCUACUGUUACAGCCAUUAUUGAUGGGACCGGUUCUGUAGGUGCUGCCUUGGGUCCCCUGUUGGCCGGACUCAUCUCUCCCUCAGGGUGGAACAACGUUUUUUACAUGCUCAUGGUGGCGGACGCUUGCGCCUUGCUGUUCUUAUUACGUCUCAUUCACAAGGAGCUCUGCUGUACAGGAUCCAAGAAUGUGGACCAAGUUCAGUUUAAAGAACACUGAGGGACCGAUGCUCUGCACCCAUCCUCCAAAAGGCUGAGUUUCUCUCUGAGUGCGUUUCCAGCAGCAUUUUGCUCACCCACCUGGAGCAAACACAGAAGCCAACUUGAGCAUCCCCACAACCCGUUUUGUCUCUCUCUGUCUCUCGUUUUGAUUUGUUUGCACAUAACAAUCUCAGGACAGCAAUUCUCAAAGAGUGGGCAUUUGGGAAGCUGCUAACUGCCUUAUCUAAGCUGAAAGAAAUACGCCAAGUGCCUUGCAGGUCCGUUUUUGUCGAACUGCUCGACUCUCUAUCGACGGGAACACCGAUCGACUCGGCCUGGCUCUUUCUUAGAUGAAGACAACUGUUCUCAGGUACUGCCCGGUGGCCGGACUGACACCUGGCUGUCUGCGGGCGCCAGAUGUCUGCCUGACCCUUUCUGACCCGACCGGCUGGCUGUUAAGAGGUGGGAUAGCUCGGCCGGCUGUUUACUCAGAUGCCUUUGAGCCGGGAGAGGUUGUUGCUCUGAACACCCAUCCUGGAGCAGUGAUCUAACUUGGACCACAAAAAGUGAGUGAGUGUGUGUGUGUAACAAACACACACUCCCACGUGAUUACCAACUCAGCCUCAAAUAACGGUUGGACGGAUGUGCCGUUGAACCGCUAAAAAGAGAUUCCAGAUCCUUCCACUGCCCUUUCCUGGCCGCAAACCAGUGCAGUUUUAGAGCAAAUACAGCAAUAUAAGUAAUACACGCUCCUCCAAGCUGUCCAUUUGCACUGAGCUUUCCAGGAAGGUUGUUAUAGGCCUUUACAGAACGACCCAUCUCCAAAGUCAAGCUCUACGGAGUAAGAUAGCUAAAAUGGAAGGAAAGGGAAUUUGGGAGGUAGUUUUUGGAGGCAGAGUUUGUUCAGUUUGUUUUUUUUUCUCGCCUCAAGAUUUUUCACUUCACUGACAUAGGCAGAUGGUGGGGUAGAUCUGUAGAGGUACAGCAACAUGGUGAAUGUUAUUUAUUUAAAAGAGAUGUAAUAUGUUGAAUAUGAACGUUCAACAGAUUGUAAGGUGACAUUUUUGUAAUUUAUUAAACUUAAAUGGUUUGUUC